CGAUGACAAGGCUGAUAGCUCAAAUGAUGCUGGAGAAGCUAGUAAACCUGCAGAGAUGCCUACACAGAGAAGAAAACGGAUCUCCACCAUGCCCAAUCUUGUCAAACCCAGAGCUGGACCUUCACUUGCUCAGCGUUCUGCAUCAAAACCGCAGAGGCGAGCAUCACAGGCUCCUGAUGGCAGUGCUUCACUUCAGAAGGAUUCCUCUCCAUCAGAAAAGAGUAAUGUUGAAAGCACCUUGAAGUCCCCCAUGCUGCCUGAAAAGAAAACACCUGUGCCACAAGUGCCACAGUUUUCCCCACUAAAAAAAUCGGUGAACAAAGAGCAAACUUUAGGUGUAGCUGCACAAAAAAAUGAUGAUACUCUGCAGAAGAAUGUACCCUCCCCACUCAAGGAGAGACCAACACAAGAAAGAUCAGGAACACAAGAGGAAAAGCUACCUAUGAAACCUGUUCCUGUAAAAGAGAAACGAAUGUGUUCUGACCGUGAAAGGAUCCUCAAAGCUCGGAAGUUAAGAGAAAUGCUUAAAGAAGAGCUGAAGAAAGAGCGGAAACAGUUGAAACACAGGCCUCCAGUAAUUGAAGGGCGUUCUCCACCAGAUCGUUCUAAAAUGACCAUGAGAGACUUGAUAUACUAUCUGCCAGAAAACAAUCCUAUGAAGUCUUCGUUGGCAGAAGAAAAGAGAACAGAUAAAAAUUCUGCACUGGGUCAAAUGAAAGAACAGGAAGAGAAAAGUACUCCUGAUCAUGAAGAGGAAGAUGAGGAAGAAGAAGCAGAGAAUGGGGAGGAGAGUCAGGACGGUCCACUUCUAGUUCCUCGUGUGAAAGUAGCAGAAGAUGGUUCAAUUAUUCUGGAUGAAGAAAGUUUAACUGUAGAAGUUCUAAGAACAAAAGGUCCAUGUGUUGUAGAAGAAAAUGAUCCCAUCUUUGAGCGUGGCUCUACAACUACAUAUUCCAGCUUCAGGAAAAGUUUUUACACAAAACCAUGGUCAAAUAGAGAAACAGACAUGUUCUUUUUAGCUAUCAGUAUGGUAGGAACAGACUUCUCCUUGAUUGGACGGCUGUUUCCUCAUAGAGCCAGAGCAGAAAUUAAGAACAAGUUCAAACGUGAAGAAAAAGCUAAUGGAUGGAGGAUAGACAAAGCUUUCAAAGAAAAGCGGCCCUUUGAUUUUGAAUUCUUUGCCCAGCUGCUUGAGAAGGUCUUGGCAGAUGAGGACAAGAGGAAACAAAAGACUGUUAAAAGCCAGAAGCCAAAGGAAAAGAAGCCAUCAAGGCCUAGGAAGAAGCCGAAAGCAAAAGCUGCCAGUACAGAAGCUGCUAAUGAUCAGGAUGAUCUUCGGGAAGCCAGAAUUUCUGAUGCAGAAACAGAAGCUGAUGCUGUGACGGCUGAGAAAGAAAAUGAGGAAUCUUUGGGCGUUUCUGAACAGGCAGAAGAACAGGUUGCAUUAGAGCCAGUAUUAGCAAAAAAGAAGAGAAAGAAGAGGAGAAAAAAUGAUCUUGAACAGGAAGUGGAGAAUCUUCCAGAAGAAAUGGCUGUCCCUUCAAAAAUUGCUGAAGAAGGGAAAUCCUCUAAGAAAAAAAAAAAAAUGGUAUGUGAUGCAAACAAUGACGGUCAUACUACCUGUAGAGAAGAACUGGAUAGUGUUGUAGAAGGAAAACAAAAUGAGACUGCUAUUACAGAGGAAGAGAGAUCAGAGUCCUUUUUAUCAGUGGAUGACAUAAUGGAGAGAGAAAGUGAUGUCAAUUUAUGCAGCUUUGAAGAUAGCAAUGAUGUUGUACUGGAAACGGAAUCUGCUCGACUGAGAACCCUAGAUAUUAGAGAUGAUACAUCACAGGAAAGCCAAAUUUCAGAGUUACCGGUUUCAAAGAUUAGAAGUAAAGAAAGGCAAUCUGAAGAAACUAGAGAAACAAAG